GGAUGAGCCGUGAGGAAGCAGGGCUCUCAUUGCACGUCCCCAGGCCUGUCCCACACAGCUGUGGGGAUGACUUGCUCUGUGGGAAAGGCAACCUGCUCUGUGAAGUGGGCACUGUGUCCCUGGAAGCUGCUGUGUUGUGCAAACCUACCACUAAAAGGGCUUGGAGAGCUCUUCCAGCUAAUGGUCUUGGUGACUGCUCUGCCUCGUGCGUGAAGGCAAGGCCUUUCUGCUAUAGCAUCAGCCAUGGUGUUUCAGUAUGUCCAAGAGAACCAUCUCAUUUGUGCCAACAUAACAACAUGUUCUCCGUGAUGUGAAGUAAUGUACUUGGUACUGGAGUAACAAGAAGACUUACACCUCCAUAUUAUUUUCUCAGUAACAUCAGUUGGACUAAUGAGAGACCAACACCAUCGCUAGCACUAACUCUCAAAGAGACCAUCUGCAGAGCGUCUUGAAGAAUAGCAUUUGCUUUAAGGAAAAGAUUGGGCGUGGUAAUUAGACUUCUGACCUGGGACUCAUCGCACAAACCCAGCUAUGCAUCAGAUAUGCUUCAUAAGCUAUGGUGUAAAAGCAAUGCAGAGUAUCAUAACAACUCAGUAUUUCUGGAGACAAGACACAUGAUCUUCUGGGAAUUAUGGUAUCAGAACUGGCACUGUGCUUUGUUUGAAGGACCUACAACUAAGUGGACCCUACUGACCUGUGAACAACAAAGGAUAAAAGUGAAAAGAAGCGUGAGAAGCGCACAUAGAAAAAGGAAGUGGAGGCACUUUCAUCUGGACUUCUUUCCUGCCCCUUAUUACUAAUACUGAAUGGAAAAGAGAGAUUUAUGUGCCUUUUCUCCCCCAGUCUCAGGGAUGGGUGUAUUAUAAAUACGGUGUGUGCAGUUGGAAGAAUAGACUGAAUCAUGAAUCUUCAGGCUCAGCAAAAGUCUUCAACCAAAAGGACUGGGAAACGAAUUAAUUAUUUUAAUGAGCAAGAUAUAACUGCGUCAUCAAAAGAGCCGCAGCAGCAGCUUAAAGAAGGACAGUAUUAUGGUCACGGAGGGAAUAUUCCAGCCUCCCAAACUAUGGAGAUUCCUCACACAGCAGGAUUAACAAGUGCCCCCAGCAAUGUUGCUUUGAUGAACUCAGUUUACAGUCAAGAUAGGGGAGAAUCAGUGAUGAUGUCCCAGUCAGUAACAGCUGUCAAAUGGCAGAAUUCACUAAUGGGAAACAGGUUGCCAGAGAGAGGCGAUGCCCACUGGCAGUCUCCAUCUGCAAUGUGGAACCACAGUAUGGUUUUUGGGAGCAAUCCAAAAGGACCCCAUGCCAAUGCAGGUGCCCCGGGCUUCUAUGGUCACCCAGAAGCCCUUAAAAGAAAUCAAGAGAAAGGAGUAUUUGUGUCUCAGAUGGAUUUGUAUGAAGAUGCAGUCCAACAAAUGAUGUCCCAGAAGGCUCAGCUGGAGCAGCAAGCUCUGGUUAGACAGCAAGCACAAAUGAAUUCCUUUCAUCAGAUGCAGAAACAGCAGCAGCAGAAUCAAAGUCUGCCAUUACAGCCUUUUCAGCUUGCAUUUGGUCACCAAGGCCAGAAGCAAGGUCUUCCUGAAUUAUUGCAUGUCUUUCAAGAAGCCCCAGCUUCUUCCACUCCAGCAUUUACUGCUCAACAAAAACAGCAAGCUCUUCCCCAGCUACAACUGUUUGAAAAUUUCUAUCCUCAGCAGCAGCAGCAACAACAGGCUGCCACACAAGUUUUUGGUCUACAGCAAACUACUUCCAUAGCACAGCCUCAUGUGGCAGCUGCGGCACCUCAGCAUCACAUGAUGGCACACCAGUUUCAGCAAACAGAGAGGAACCAGGAACUAUUCAAGGCUCUAACAGAGCAGAACCAACAGACUGUGCUACCUCAGACCCAGAUUCCUUUUCCAAGAAGGUCACGGAGACUCUCUAAAGAAGGUGCCCUGAUGACAUCUACAGGAGAAGUGACAGCUUCCAAGCAGGCAGAAGAACAAUCUGGCAAUUUAUUUCUCCAUCACUGGCAAACACAUCAGCAAGAAGUCCCAUUGCAGCAGCCACUUGAAUCACUGACCCAUAACAAAAGUAGCUAUUCACAUCCCAAGAGAAUGGAUCAGGGGCAGAAGGAUGUCCUAGCCAAUAGUGAACUGUGCCAGAUGGAAACGGACAGGCAUGCCAUCGCUCAGAAUGGCAGAGAUGCAGAGAAACAGCCAGUAGCAGCAGAAGAAAACACUCCAAGAACUAAUGACUUUCAGGGUGUUAGGGGUGGUGUAAUCCAGAGUACACGAAGGAGACGGCGUGUUUCUCAAGAAGCCAAUUUGCUAACUUUGGCCCAAAAAGCUGUUGAGCUGGCUUCUCUUCAGAAGGAAUCGGAUACUCCAGAAGAGAAGAAAAGUGUGCUGAUAGCAGCUCCAGGACCUACAGCUGCUAAAAGCGUUGUGGAAUUUGCCAGUUCUUCACCAGCUCCCAAAAAAGCCCGGGAGGACAGCAGCCUUGUGCCUCUUAUCAUUCCUGUAUCUGUGCCAGUGAGAAAAAUUGACUUGCAAAACCUUGAAAAAGAGAAGUCUGAGGAUGGGAAACUCCAGAGAGGCCAAACAAACGAUCGAACUCCUUGUGAACGCAAGCCUUCUGUGAUAGUCACUCGGAGGCGAUCUAAUCGUAAUACUAACAUGGAAACCUCAUAUCAGCACGAACAUGCUGUUCCAAAGGAUGAAGCAGAGGGCUUUGCCCGGAAACCAAAGCAGCGCCCAAGACCUGAGCCACUCUUCAUACCACCAAAAGCUGGCACCUUUAUUGCACCACCUGUUUAUUCUAAUAUUACACCAUAUCAGAGCCACUUACGGUCACCUGUCCGUCUGGCAGACCAUCCUUCUGAUAGAAACUUUGAACUACCUCCUUACACUCCUCCACCAAUUCUUAGUCCAGUGAGAGAAGGAUCUGGGCUGUAUUUUAAUGCUAUCCUCUCUUCAAGUGGUCAUCCGGUUCCACCUCCAAUGACUCCUAAAAGUGCUCACAGAACUCUGCUUAGAUCAAACAGUUCAGAGGUGACCCCUCCUGUUCUUUCCGUGGUGGGAGAAGCCACUCCAGUCAGCAUUGAACCGCGUAUAAAUGUAGGAACUCGCUUCCAAGCAGAAAUCCCUUCACUCCAAGACAGAUCUCUGGCAGCAGCUGAUGAACAUAAAGCAGAGCUUGUAUGGCAGCCAUGGGGCGACCUGGAAACCAACAGAGUCACCCAACAGAAUGUGGAAAGCCUGCUAGCUGCUGCAUGCUCAAGCAUUUUUCCUGGGGGUGGAACCAACCAGGAGCUGGCACUGCAUUUCUUACAUGAAGAAAAGGGAAGCGUUCUGGGAACUCUGACCAAGCUGCUAUUGAAGGGGCCAGUACGAUCACCUACCCAUCCUCUGGCAGAUUAUCACUACACAGGAUCAGACAGUUGGAAAGUUGCUGAAAAGAAGCUUUUCAACAAAGGCAUUGCAAUCUACAAGAAAGACUUUUUCUUGGUCCAAAAACUGAUAAAAACCAAGACAGUGGCUCAGUGUGUGGAAUUCUACUACACGUAUAAGAAACAAGUGAAAAUUGGUCGGAAUGGGACCUUAAUUUUUGGGGACAUAGAUGCCGCUAAUGAGAAGACUGUGAGAGAUGAAGCUGAAGUUGACAUCAAGAGUUCCCAUAGGUUUGCACGUGUUCUUCCUCUCAGAAGGGACUUUUUCAGUGAAGAACAGGGGCACUUGGAAGAGGAAGAGGAGGAAGAAGAGGAGGCUGAGGAAGGGUUGGAUAAUAGAAAGAAGAGCACACUCCUUUUCAAAGAUGAACAGAUGCUACAUGAUGAUUUAACAGCCAGUGAUGCCAAUAUAAGGAGUCGAGAGGCAACUGUUACAGGCAGAAUUGGAAGAAGGCCGAGGGAGACGACCAUGAAGCCUCGAAAGCUUAUUCCUGCUCCAGUGCAGAGGAGGCGGCGAAAACAGAAGAUAAAAUCAGAUGUUACCAGUAAAAUCCAGAACACAGAAAACACGUUUCCAUGUAAAAAGUGUGGCAGGGUGUUCUACAAGGUGAAGAGCCGCAGUGCUCACAUGAAGAGCCAUGCGGAGCAGGAGAAGAAGGCGGCCGCACUGAAGCAGCAAGAGAGAGAGGCGGCAGCAGCAGCAGAGGAGGCAGCAGCAGCAGCCCACAGCCAGGCCCAGCAGGAAGAGAGCAGUGAGAGUGGCAGCAACAGCAGUGGAAGCAGCAGUGGGAGCUCAGAUGAGGAUGGAGAAAUAUAGCAGCAGGCUGGAAAUGGAGGGAGUAGCAAGGCUGGACCUAAUACCCUCUCAGUGGUUCACGUUCUUUGCUUGCACUUUUCUGACCUGAGCCAUCAUGUCUCAGUUUCAGUGCUGCAGCCUCCUCGUGCCACAUGUUCCACUUCACCUUGCCAGUACUGACCAAGCCAGAGUGGCAGACAAGAAGAUUUGUUUCAGCUUGGAUUUAAAAAAGAAAACAAAUAAGAUUUCUAUUCUAUUUAUAAUCAAAUCUGAGGUACACAAUUGAACAAUGUCUCCUGCAGUGGAAGUAAGUUCUCUGGGGUCAGUAAGACCUUUCUUCUUGUGCUUGUCAGGAAUCAUGACAACAGGAUUCUUGGAUACAACGGUUUCCAGACCAGAGUUAGAAAAUGGUGCUCUGCUCUGUGGUGACUGUAUCCAGUUACUGUGAUAACGGUGAUUUCUAGAUGUUUCUUUUUCUUAGGAAGUUAUUCUUCCUGUUACCCUUUCCUGCCUUUCUAAGCAUUUAUUCUGCCUGCCAGCAAGUUUUGUGGAAAGACGGUGUGUGGUUUUGGCCUCUGUUUCACAAAAAAGAAAAGUGGGAUGGAAAAGAUCUGCUUCCUCAUUCUGAGAGGAAGUUUUAUUUUUCAGAGAACCCUGAGGUGGUUUUCUUUCAUGCUAUUAAGAAUGCAGCAAUGGGUGUAAGGUAUCUUGAAGGGAUAGAAGUAGUCACAGGCCUUGUGGGUUGUCUCCUGGUGGAAAACAAAGCAUUUAGCCUUUGAUAAACUUCUUGGAAAGCAGUCUGGGUUUCACAAGUGCAAUUUGAAAUGAAUGCUGUCAGUUUUGACUUUGGUUAAAGGGGAGCAAGUUUGUUUUGUGAAAGUGAAUGUGAACCUUGUCUGCGUGUUGGACUGUGUGCACCCCAGAGAUGGGAGGAAUGAACUCUCAUAUCUAUGAAGCUCCUUAAAUCCUCCUGUGAAUGAAUGGCUCUUACCUCUCAACACAUCCAUUUAUUUCCUGUGGCAGCCCUGAUUUAUCUUUUGAAACUGUUCUCAUUUUGAGCCCUUGUUUUCCAAAUACUUCCUAUCAAACAGUAUGUGACUGUAUAUGCAGGAGGCUUUUCACCUCCACGCAAGUGGCUGGACAGCCAUGCCUGCUGGGCUGUCCUUCUGUCGCCCCCUUAGUUGGCUGAAAUGCUGACUUCUCUUCAGAACUGACACGUGCUAAUGGCCAAAAAAAGGUCUAGCAACCAAAAGCCUGCUGGUAAAUGGAAGUUAAGAGGAUGCAAAAGGAUUCCGGGUGACAUAGAUUGCACAGGAAUGGUUUGUGCAUCUUUAUAGCCCUCUUCAUCUUUACUUCAUAAAGAUGUAGAAAAUUAGAUCACUUCCUUGCUCUCACAGUUGAUCAGCCCCAGCUCCCUGUUCUGGCUCCUUCAGCGCAGUGUGUGGAGGCAGCAGUUGCUGGGUGCCAGCAGUGCAUCACAUCCCAUGCAUGCUGCUCCUGUGGUGCAUGGCCAAGCGGGGAUCCUGGCUGGGUUAGUGCACAUGAAGUGUGCUGAUAUUUUUAAACUAUAUUUUAAUUUGCCUCUUUGGGCUGCUGGAUGAAUGUCAGGCAAUGUAUCUACUUGUCAAGUUGCCCAUGGAAAAUGAUCUGACUCAGCAUGCCAUCUGCUCCUCUUUUCCUGCCCCAGGUAGUUUUGUGCAACCACGGUCACGCUGUCCAAGUCUGGGAGGCUGUGUAUUGUACCAUAUUUUCUUUUCAUACAUAUGCCUUUGUAUAGACUUAAUAGAAACAGUUACUACUUUUAAAAUCAGUAGCGUUAUCAGACAGACUGCACUUUUUUCAGUGUUGGCAGUUCUGCCUGUGUGCAUUUGAUUUCCUACCAAUGCUGUGUGUUCAUUCCUAAUGAAGCCAGGUGACCCUGUCAGCGCUGGGAUGACUGCUGCAUGUCCCUGGGUUUUGCAGACAAGACUGUGGAAGCAGAUGGCAUGUCACAAACCAUUACAAUCCGUUCAGAAACUGCAAAGAACUGAAAGCUACUCAUCAUUAAAGAGAAGCUUGAGCGUAUCAGUCUUCCUACUAAGAUUUUCAGUGUUAUUAUCUUUUUCCUCCUGUAAAUCAGAGAAAAAGCUCAUCUGCUGCUAUCCUGGGGCCUUCAGAGAGAACAUAAGCUUUAGCACACUGUGCUAGCACAGUCAGUGAAGCAGCUGGAAUACAUGGCUCACUUCUACUGCUGGGAUUAAUUCCGGUAUAAAGUGAUGAUGCAGUUAAAAUUCUGAAGUAUGUUUCUGGGAAGUUGCCAGUGGUUUCCAGAUCCUGAGACCUGCAGGGUGGAGCAUCAGCUCAGAAACAUGCAGGGCUUGUGAAUAUAUGUAAAAUGGGCUUAAAACAAUGUAGAUGCUGCUGUGAUGGAUGGAUUUCCUGGAGUAGCGGUCUCGGCUGUAGUAUGGUGUGCAGUCACUUACAAGGCUGGGAAGUCCUGGGAGGACAGAAUGAAGAAAUGGAGAUAGAGGUGGAAAUGGCACACAGAGAGAAACAAAAUGAAGGUUGUUAAAGCUGGAGAAAAGAGAUCUGUCUAAACCUGAUAAUUCAAAUAAGGGUAAUGAAACUAUUUUCAGAAAAUGCUUUUGCUGUCCUUGGUAAAACAGUGCAAAAUCAACUAUUUAAUCUUUUUAAAAAAGAAAAAGGAAAAAAAAAGCGUACUGUUCAUAUCAGGACAAACCAAUGGCUGCCUCCAUGUCUUGUUUCAGACAGGGAUCAGGAGCAGUUGUUUAGCAAAAAGUGAGGGGAAGUGUGGAACAGCAGUGUAGUCCCAGCUAGAAAGUGGGAUGCUGAGCUAGAAGAACUCCUUGAUGUCCUCCAGGAAAACAGUACACAGACAGAUUAGUAGCUGUGGGCUGUUCUCUGUAUGGGCAGGAAAUCCAUACGUGUCUCUGUUUUACCUUAACAGUGUAACACCUCCAUUUCACCCAGUAUUUUCAGUUUCUUCAAGUAUGCCAGAGUAACAACAAGCCCACACUCAGCUGCAGCCCCCAGCAGUUUUCAAGUUGGCUGUAGUUUUAGAUACUGCAUAGCAGAUUACAAUGGGAGAUGACUAACAGGUGAAAUCAGCUACAAAGAUUUAAAGCAAAUCGUGUUACUGCUUUAGGUACCAGUUUUAUCUUGCUAGACAUGGUAAUGCUUUAAGGUAAGCAUUAUUAGUGUGUUCCAAAAAGGCAGCUCUUUCACUGAUUCUGUCUGCUUUAGGAAGUCAAUGAGUUGUUUUGCCUCACAAAGUGUAAGCAAUUGAGGUGCUAAGAAGAAAUAAGGAAUUGUCUUUAAUUGCACUAAAACUAUGUAUUUAUUACGCACCAAAUCCAGUACUGAUCACUUCUCUCCCACCCUACUGCAGUAGCAGAGAACAGCAAGAUAUUACAGAGAGACCCUUUGCUAGAAGAAAUCUAAAGCUUUUUCUGAGGAUAGGAUGGCUGCUACAAACAUGAGCUAGCGUGGCUGACCAAAAGCAGUUACGUAUUCCAAGUAAGUGGCGACAAAUGUGUUUCCAUAUUGCUAGUAGCCAGCAGAAAACCUUUUUUGUCAUGGUAAUGAGUGAAAAUGUUCCUCUAGGUGUCUUAGUUAAAAACAUAAAAGUAGCAUUAAACCUGCUGCUCACCUGCUUACAGAAGCAGUAUGGAGUGUACCUGGCAUCUGAAUUGGAUCAUGCCAACUAGCAAAGCUUGGCAGAGUUGUUUCCAAAACUAAACAAACAAACACAGAAUAUAACUGCCAGAAAAAAAAACCAAACCAAAACACCCAUCUGCUGUAGACAAAGCAUUUGAACUGAAUUUGUCUGAUCUGGAAUUAAUUACAUUAUUCUGUGUAGGGGAAAAAUUGAGUGGCUCUUCACUGCAGCGCAGUGUUAAUUUAAGGCUGUGUUACUCCAAUUGUGAUUAAAAAACUAAUCAGUCUGUUCUGAUGUUCUGACAGUGUGUCCAUUUGAAAGCCCCGUGCAGAUUACUUUCUGUUUGAAAGCAGUUUCGCAGGUCUUCAUUCUCGCUACUCUUGCUGUUAGUCUAAAAGGUGCUGUGCGCUCCCAGGCAGAGCUGGAACAAGGAGGGUGUUUCUUUGUGUUAGCUGUUCAUUGUCUGGGAACAAACAGAAGAUACAGGCUGCAGGUCUGUAGCUGCAUGCUGGUAUUUGUCCCUUAGAGUGCGGGGUGGUUGUACACGUAGUAGUGGCUGUAUUUCCGAACCAUGGCCCAGCUGGAUCUCGAUGCCAGCUCUGGGUGUUGCAGAGAUGCUGUGAGAGAUGGGCUAGUGGUCACGUUUGCCCUGGUUGUGUGUUUUUUGCCUUUCUGCCCGUGUCAUCUGCUCUUUACUGAUAGAUUAAUUCAGCCUUUCAGAUUUGUGCUCUGCAUGGGGAUAGCACCUCCAUUUUAUAAGAUGAUGUGUAUAUAAUUGCUAGAUAAAAUGCAUGCACUCGUGAUGCAUAUCUGAUAUAGCUACAGGUGUUUUGCUAUCCGGCUGCAAGAGCAACUCUGCAUCUUAACGUAUUGAAUGCUUUCCCAUUUAAAAUCGGAGCAGCUUGACUGAACAGGCUGCAGUAUCCUGGAGAACUCACUUCUGUACGCUGGAGGCACCAGAACAGCUGCGCUGACAGCUGGACCAGGCAGGAUGGCAGCUGCUUUGAAGGCAGGGAAAAGGGAGACGUUCUGAAACUGAAAGGUAACUCAUCUUUUAGUCCCAUCCUAGUCUUGGAAUUCAUGGAAUCUGGAUUAGCUAUUACAAAACUUCUCAUUUCACAAACCUGACACUUCAUGGUGAUUCUCAUAUUCGCAGCAAGCUUAUCAUAAAGGCAUCAUCCCAAAAAAAAAAAAAAAAGAAGAAGUGUUUCCUAAACCAGGAGGAGCAAGCUCUCCCUCUCUUAGCUAUUAUGUACCACUUAAUUUUCUCUCAAGGAGCGGUCUUGGAAAGUUCCUGUAUAUUUGUAUCCUGUUCUAAAAGAAAUGUGAGUGGGGAGGACUAGAGCUGUAUUUGUCUCAUCUGCUUUCAUACAAAGGCACUUUUAGUCCAGUGAUUACCUCUGCCAGAAACCUCAUUUCUCAUUUCCCAUGCGAGCAUUCUCUGUUCUAUCUUCUAAUGUAUGUCUGGAAGUUUAUAAAGCUUUAAAGAGACAAAGAAGCGGUGUCUACAAACUGUGUUUGAUUUUCACAGGGGUGAGUUUCUGUGUAUAUUCUUCACUUGGGUUCAGCUGCUUUUCUUGCCCUUGUUCUCUGUGAGGCCAAGUGUUGUCGGGGCAGCCCCUGAGCUUCAUGUGAGGAGCUCUCUAUCUGAGAGCAAAAAAUUCCACCGACAGCUGAGCCCAAGAAACACUUCUCGAGAAUCGAAAGCGACGUAUAUUUUUAUAGAAAUGUGUAUUUUAAAGAUCUGUUUCCUGCAGCUUCUCCAUGUGUAUUUUUCCCCCUGUAGCUCAGAUUUGAUAAGAACUUUUUUUGUUGAGUUCAUUCUUUUUACGUUGUUUUUAAAUUUGUAGUCAAAGCUUUGGUGUACUGUACAGGAGCAGUCGGCCUUUGUAAUUACUGUACAAAUGCUUUAUAAUAAAGUAUAUUACUUUUAUUUUAGCAAGUGAGCAGACACUUCCUUUUGUGUGUUUGCUGCCUAUGGCACCUUUUAAAAGACUGUUACAUGUUAGAAAUGUACAUAUAUAAAUAUAUUUACCUGUUGCUGUACAGUUGUGAUAGACUGGACUGAAUUUAUUUUUUGUGUGCUUUUUUUUAUAAAAUAUUAAUACACUAAAGGCAAUCUUGCUGAUGUGAUUGUAAUGUACUAUGUAACUUAUUUACUUAAUAUCCUCUAUAUAUCUAAGAAACCCUUUUAUUAAAUGCGGUUUAAAAAUA